CCUAAUCAAAGGAUCGUCGGGAGCCAGGGGGGGCCCAGCCCCCUCCAUAAAAAAUCAAGUGUUCACAUGUAACCUAAACCUACACUUUGGUUCGGGAUAUCUGUCGACUACGGAAUACUUCAUCAUAGAUCCCAUCCCGCGCUGACCGCUCCCCAUCACGAGGUUGCCGACUAGUCAGUCACAGACAGUCACAGACAGUCACAGAACUGCCAACAACAGAUCGAGAUGUCUCACAGCAGCACCGCAGAGGGAAUCGAACCUUGCCUCGUCGUCGUCUCUGCACCAACGCCCAAGGUGCGCGUGCUUGCCUUCAACCGCCCUGAGAAGCGAAACGCGCUCUCCCAGCACCUCAUCCAGCAGUUUCUCGACGAGCUGCUCAAAGCAUCGUCGGAACCCGAGGUUAGAGUCAUCGUGGUCACAGGGAACGAGACCGCUUUCUCAGCUGGAGCGGAUAUCAAGGAGAUCGCCCGCAUGGAUGGAGAGGGUGCCCGACGAUGCCGGUAUCUGGAGAACCUCUGCCAUGGCAUGCGCAGCAUCAAGGUCCCCGUCAUCGCAGCGGUGGAGGGCAUGGCGCUCGGCGGGGGCUUCGAGGUUGCGCUCAUGUGUGACAUGAUCUUUUCCUCAGCCACCGCAAAGUUUGGCUUUCCGGAAGUCAACAUUGGGUUGAUCCCUGGGGCAGGCGGUACACAGCGACUGACCAAUGCCGUGGGAAAGUUCCGAGCGAUGAAGAUGAUCCUGCUUGGCGAUCACAUCAGGGGUGAUGAGGCCUCCGCAUUCGGCCUAGUCGCCAGCCUCUCAGAGCCUGGGACCGUGCUCAGUCACGCUAUUGAGGUCGCGGCCCGGUUGUCAGAACAGAGCUCUUCGGCAAUAGCCCUUGCUAAAGAGACCAUCUCUCGCGCUGACGAUUUGGGGAGGGAUGAUGAGUUUGAAAGAAGUAUGUAUUAUUUCGCGUUUGGUACUAAGGACAAGGUCGAGGGUGUUUCUGCGUUUCUUGAGAAGAGGCCGCCACAAUGGCAGUGAGCCUUUUCUGUUUUCCCCGUCCUCUUUAUAUCUCGCUGCGUAAUUACCUAGUGGAUUGGGCUGUCGCUUCCGAUAAUUAUUGAUAAAAUUUACGUCCGCUUUGCUUAAGCUUACAACUCGACGAUGCGCGGCGUGGCUGGUGAUGCUGCAUACAAACUCUGGCUCUG